AAGUUUGAGCUGCACUGCAAAAGAUAUAAACAAAGGAAAGACAUUGCUGUAGUCGAUUCAUCUAGACUAUAGACGAUUUACAUGAUUAUUUCGGAAGUUGUUUAGAAUUUGCCAAUGGAUUUCAUCAGGUAAUGAAAGCUUCAUUUGAUUCUGAUGUAACAGCCUUUGGAAUUGUUUUGCUCUUUCAUUAUACAUUUUCAACUCUAUGAUAGAAGAAUAAUGUCGAACGUCUAGUCUAAAGCUGAAUAUACUAGGCUGAGUCUGUAAUGUCAAUUUUAUGUAAUCCCAGUAGGCCUAUGUCUCUACCCGGUGCCUGUAUGUAAUCCCAGUAGUCCUAUGUCUAUACCCGGUGCUUGUAUGUAACUCCAGUAGGCCUAAUGCCUUUAGCCGAUUCUUUAAUGUAAAUCCAGUAGGCUUUGACCCGUUAAAUGUUUGUAAUCCCAGUAGGCGUAUGCGUAUACCCGGUGCAUGUAUGUAAGUCCAGUAGGACUGUACGUAUAUAAAAAAACGGGUGCUUGUAAGUAAUCACAGGAGGGCUAUGCCUAUAACCGGUGUAUGUAUGUAACCCCACUAGGCCAGCGGUUGGGCAAACUCUGGCCCGCGGGCCACAUGCCACUCGGCAACGGAUAUUAUGCGGCCAUCGAGGACAUUCAGAAUUUUUUUAAAGGUUACUUUGUUUUAAAAUUAUUUUGUUGAAGUGUACAGAACUUCAUGUACCGUUUUGAUUGUUUUUUUUAAAAAUAUUUUUGAUCAACUGUCUAAUUUUCUUUUUGUUUUUAAACAUUACUAGACAUUUGUCAUGUAAUGCAAAAUUGCGAGUUUACAGACUUAAAUAUAGAGAAAUGUUUAUCGACAUGUAAACAUUGGAAUACUAUACAUGUGCAAACCACCCACCCCCCCUCAUAACUUAACAUUUGUCAAUGUGGCCCUCCGCACAAAACAUUUUCCCCACCGAUGCACUAGGCCUGUGCCCUUACCCGGUCCAUGUAUGUAAUCCCAUUAAGCAUACACCUAUAGCCGUUGCAUGAUUAUUUCUAAUUCCGACUUAACUAAAUUAACUUAAAAUAAGAAUAUGCAUAAACUUAUGGUUGACUAAAGAUUGAAUGUUUCCCCUUUAUUUUCUAAUGACGACUUAUUUCAUUACGGUUGGCCUCAUAUGACCGUGAUAUUAGUGUGAAACAAAUUUGAAAUACUUACUUACAGGCCUAUUGGCUUGAUCUAUUUUACUUUACAAUUUACAGAACUGCGCCUAUUUAGUUCUUGUUUGGCUUAACUUACUAUUAAUAUUAGAGUUGGUCAUUUCAAUUAGUUAUAGUUAUGCAAAUUUUUUUUUUUACAUAGCCGUAUACAUGGUAUAGUUUUCUACUAUUAUCAUUGAUAUGUUACUUCUGUAUCACUCUAGUGUCAUGAAUGGAACACAGUCACUCACCAUCGGGGUUACGGCUUCGGGGUCAAAGCAGCAGAGAAGGCGUCAGGCGGCAAAGACAAAGGCGGCUAAUUUGCAGACAGCGCGUCGGGAAACCUUGGCAAGGGCAGAACAUUUGAAGAGGAGACGACAGGCGGAAAUGGCCAAGGCAGACAAGUUGCUGAGAACGCGUCGGGCAUCGGUGGCAAGGGCGGCUAAGUUGCAGACCACACGUCGGGCAGAGCUGGCGAGGGCAGAGACGUUGAAGCGAAAACGGCAAGCAGUAAUGGAAAAGGCAGAAACGUUGAAAGGAAAACGCGAGGCGGCCCUGGCGAGGGCAAAAACGUUGAAAGGAAAACGUCAGGCGACAACGGAAACGUUGAAGCAACGACGGGACGCAGCGAUGACAAUGUCAGAUACGCGCAGGGCGGCUGAUUCACAAAGCACACGUCAGGCAGAAAUCGCAAGAGAAGUCAAGUGGCAAGAGGAAUCGCCGGGCAGCGAUGUCAAGAGCGGCCAGGUUCCAGAGAAAUCGCCAGCAGGGAGCAGUGGCAAGGCCGGCCCUGUUCCAGAGCAGUCGCCUGGGAGCAGUGGCAAGAGCAGCUGAGUCGGAGGAGCGUGCGUUCACACCUACGUCUUCGACAUCCACUAUUAACACCCGUAAACACGUGUUCGGGGAUAUCCGAAUCGAGUUUGUUCAAGACGGACCAUGAUGGUCUGCACCAACAUGAUGGUCAAUGAUCGUUUGAUGCAGCGUCCUUCCAGACGGCUCAUUAAAUCUAUUUCCCUCAUAACAUUAAAAUCAUUGUCAC